AUGAGCAGUGUGCAUCAGAUGGUUUACAUGAAGUUGAAUUUCUUCUACCUUUCAUGCAAAUUUCACACCGAUGAGCAGUGUGCAUCAGAUGGUUUACAUGAAGUUGAAUUUCUUCUACCUUUCAUGCAAGAUACAUCUCUAGAAGCAUGCAGCCGGAAGGAUGUUAUUGGUGUUCUUGUCUUUAGGGGUUCUGUCUGCUCUUUUGCAUACUUAAAUUCGAAAGAAUCAAUUUCACAAGCUUUGGCUGAUAUGAAGGUUCUUAAAGACAAUUGUGUUGAGUUGAUGUCAAUGGAAGCUUCAAUCGAUGAAUCAACAAUCUUGGAGCCAGAAACAGAAGCGCCCACUUCGACUACUUUGGCCACCAAAUCCUUUUGGGAAAUGGCAGUUCCCUUUUCUUCAGCAUCUGUUCCAGACUGUUCAUCCUUAAAGAAUAGCAGAGAUGAUACAUGCCGAGGAAGUCACAGUGAAUCUGAUAAGUCAGUCGGUUUUAACAUCUGGGCUGCUGUUCUGGGUCUAAUCCUCUCAGUUUUAGUGGGAUUGGUGCUUUUUGUUUUCAGGCCCUCAUAG